AUGGCAGCUAUAGCUUCAUCCCAGUAUAGUAUGAGACGCCCAUCUAUACGCCAACUCGACAGCCGAUCACUCCAAUUCUCCGAGAAUGGUACAUUUCAAAUCUCCAUCUUCGAGGACUUGCACUUUGCUGAAAAUGCUACUGACGAUGCCAUGACAAAGCAAGUCAUGCGAUCCAUUCUCUCCGAUGAGGAAGCUCAACUAGUAGUUCUUAAUGGGGACCUUAUAUCGGGGGAUGCCAUUCAAGGCUCGGGCUCCAGUGAUUACAUUCAUGAAGUCGUAUCACCUUUGGUCGAAAUAAACCAGGCUUGGGCUUCAACCUACGGGAAUCACGACUGCCAAGACAACUUGGAUCCAUCAAAGGACAUUUUCGAUCAAGAAAAACAAUAUCCAACAAAAGCGAUAUUUCGGGAACCCAGGCUGGAAUCACAAAUUAUUACCUCAUGGUUUACCCCCCACGAUGACCUUAGUGGCCCUCCUGCACUUCUUCUGUGGUUCUUCGAUUCUCGUGGUGGGCGUAACGCAACCAAUCGGGAUUCCAGCAUGACACCCGGCGUGCGAGAAGACUGGGUUGAUGAAUCAGUGGUGGAAUGGUUUGUUCAGAAAAACGCCAAUCUAACAUCCGAAUUUGGUUGUCCAAUUCCAUCCCUUGCAUUCUACCACAUCCCCGCUCAUGCGAUGUUCGAAUACCAGGCCAAGGGUGUCAGUAGGAAACGGACACCUGGGAUCAAUGGAGAGACGGUUGUAUCGCAAGGUUCUGGCGAUACCGAAUAUACCGGCCAAGACUCCAGUUUCAUGAACGCUCUUCUUAAUACCACUGGCUUGCUGGCAACCUUUAGUGGACAUGACCACGAGAACGAUUGGUGCUUUAAAUGGGACAAUAACACUAUCGAUCAGAAUAUCACCGGCACGGGCUUGAACAUGUGCUAUGGCCGACAUACAGGCUAUGGGGGGUACAGUAAUGUGGCUCGUGGUGCACGACAAAUACUCAUAAAUCGGACUGAUUUGGAAAGCCAGGUUCGAACUUGGAUUCGGUUAGAAGAUGGUUCCAUCUCAGCCCCGGUAACAUUAAAUGCCACCUAUGGUAAAGACAAAUAUGGCAUUACGUUCUCGGACAAACGAAUCCAGUUUUCCGGGGCCUCUUCUCCUUAUGAAGCUCCAUAUCUGUUUUUCUACAUUUGGGCCUCUUUUUGGGUGUUGACUUUGUGGCGACGGUAG